AUGGAGGACGGAGGACCUCCGCGCCCUCAUGGCAAGGCGAGUCCCGCGGCGGUAGCCCUGUCCGUGGGAAACCGCGACAUCACCGACUGUAGGCUUCCCGAUUCAUCUGACAGCUCAACAGCGGCAGAGAUGGACUCGGACAGUGAUUACACGCUAGUCCAAUCGCGCCACUUGAAGCGCAAGCUUCGCCGGACGUCAGCAGGCAGUGAUUCUACUCAUAACAGCAGAUGUGACGAACGGGUCUUCUCCGUGGGCUACACCCCAACUACGGAAGCGUACGGCAAAGAUACCUGCACUGGUGUGAUAUCGGAUGUGGACAUUGACAUAAAGGAUGACGACCUGCGAUCUCUAUUAUCGUCGACAGUGCGAAUCCUCGACAUCCACCGAUUCGGCCGCUCCCGGUGCAUCAAGUUGGUGUUCGAGUCAGACUCUUUGCCAGCAUCGGUCAAAGCGAUGCAGAGUGCCAGCGCCGUGGUUUCCGCGGCAGUUGGGGUGGUGGGCGGCGGGGGCGGCCGCGAGCCCCUGUGCCGCGUGUGCGGCGACCGGGCGUCGGGGCGCCACUACGGCGUCGCCUCGUGCGACGGCUGCCGCGGGUUCUUCAAGCGCAGCGUCCGCCGCCAGCUGCAGUACGUGUGCAAGGAGGGCGGCACCUGCGUCGUCGACGUCGCCCGGCGAAACCAGUGCCAGGCGUGCCGCCUCGCCAAGUGCCUGCGCGCAGCCAUGAGGCCCGAAGGCGAGUCCGUGCAGCACGAGCGGGCGCCGCGGGGUCAGCCGCGCCGGCGCCUGCGUUCUCCGGCGGCGAUGUGCCACGGGCCGGUGGGAGGAGGUGACGUGCCGCCCCUGUGCUGCCCUGCGCCGCCGCCGCUCGUGUCGCCGCUCAGAGACCUCUGCUGGAGCGCACCGCGAGAGCCCGCCGAGCCUGCGGCAGCCAGGAUCACCGCCGACGCGGUCCCUUCGUCGACGACGGAGGAGGCGAACGGCGUCGACGACCAGGCGCCGGACUCGGCGUCCGCUCAGCGGCCGGGCAUCGCGUCGCCCCCAGCCCUGCCGGGCGGCAUGGGACCGGCGCUUGCCAGCGAGUCGUCGGCGUCCUCGGCUAGCUUGCCGUCGGCGGCCGGACUGCCUCCCGAGCUGGCCGGAGCACACCAGGCGGCGGCGGCAGCUUCGCUGGCCGACCUUCAAGGCGUGGGCGGCCUUCCCUUCUUCCGCGGUCCCAUCGCCAUGCUGCCCAGGCCGUUGCUCUGGUGGCCGCUCUCCGAAGGUGUACAGGAGACAGCCGCCAAGCUGCUCUUCUGCAGCCUGCGCUGGAUACGCAGCGUGCCAGCGUUUGCGCAGCUCUGCUGCCGGGACCAGUUGCUUCUGCUCGAGGCCUCCUGGAGCGACGUGUUCCUGCUCAGCGCCGCGCAGUGGGGAUUCCCGCUGGUCACUGCCGCCGGUGUCGAAUCUGCGGCGGGCGAAGGUGGUGGUGCGGCGGGAAGCCUGCGCGGCCUGCAGGCGGUGCGCGAGGCCGUGGCCAGGCUGACCGCUCUGCAGACGGACGCCGCAGAGUACUCGUGCCUCAAGGCGCUCGCUCUGUUCAGGCCAGAGGUGUCCGGUCUGCGCGAGGCGUCCCACGUGGAGCGCAUCCAGGACCAGACGCUGUCGGUGCUCCUGGAGAGCGGCGACGAGCGGCCCCGACAGCAGCAGCACCGCACCGCGCGCCUCCUGCUGCUGCUGGGCUCCCUGCGCGCGGUUCCGGCCACGCUGCUCGAGGAGGCCUACUUCCGGCCCACCAUCGGACCGGUGCCCAUCGAGCGCAUCCUCUGCGACGUCCUGCAGACGCUCUGAUAAACCG